GAUCGAGAACGUGAUCGGGACAGGGAUAGGGAUAGGGAUAGGGAACGUGAUAGAGAUAGAGAACGGGAUCGGGAUCGGGAUCGAAGAGGGUCUAGAUAUGAUGAUCGGGAUAGAGAUCGGGAUCGUGGAAGAGAUCGUGAUAGGGAAAGAGAAAGGGAUCGGGAUCGGGAUCGGUUUGCUCGAACGAUUCCGAUUUCAAAAAGACCAAGGAAAUAUACUGCUUGGGAUGUGAAGGCUCCUGGGUAUGAGAAUUUAUCGGCUUUAGAGGCUAAAAUCUCAGGUAUGUACGGACAAGGAGGAUCAUUACCACCGAUUCAUUUUAAACCGGCUCAAGGACAAUCUGGCCCGGUGGCACAAACUCAAUCGUUUGCUAGACAAGCUAGAAGGUUAUAUGUAGGGAAUAUCUUGCAUACGGCUAAUGAGAUGAAUGUAGCGGAAUUCUUUAAUGCGAAGAUGAAAGAACUUGGAUUAUUGGUGAGGAAUGGGGAGGAUGGAUCUAUGAUUUCGAUUAGUGAGAAUCCGGUGGUAGCAGUUCAAGUGAAUCACGAAAAGAAUUAUGCGUUUGUGGAAUUUCGAAAUGCAGAAGAAGCCACUCAUGGAAUGUCAUUUGAUGGGAUCAUUUUUCAAAACCAAGCAUUAAAGAUUAGAAGACCGAAAGAUUAUACAGGUACCGAACAUACCAGUACGAAUCAUAUACCCGGAGUGGUGUCUACGAACGUACCGGAUUCACCUAACAAGAUCUUUAUUGGAGGAUUACCAUCUUAUUUAACGGAUGAUCAAGUGAUGGAAUUAUUAAAAUCGUUUGGAGAAUUGAAAUCCUUUAAUUUAGUGAAAGAUACGAGUAGUGGAGGACAAGUUUCGAAAGGGUUUGCGUUUUGUGAAUAUGUGGAUUCGGAUUUGACGGAUAUUGCGUGUCAAGGAUUGAAUGGGAUGGAAUUAGGUGAUCGAUACUUGGUGGUUCAAAGAGCUCAGAUUGGUCAGAAUGCAAAGAAGGAAAAAGAGAAUGCUGAAGGAGCAGGAGGAGCAGGGAUGGGAGUGGGUGGGUUUAAUGGAACUAAUCGAGCUAGUGAAGGUGAACGGACAAAGGUCUUACAGAUGUUGAAUAUGGUGAAUCCGGAAGAAUUGGUGGAUGAUGAAGAGUAUAAGGAGAUUUUGGAAGAUAUUAAGGAAGAAUGUAGUAAAUAUGGACAAAUUGAAGAUGUAAAGAUUCCAAGACCUGCGAAGAAUGAAAAAGGUAGAAUGGAUUUAAAAUCAUCUGAAUCGAUUGAAGGAUUAGGAAAAGUGUUUAUUAAGUUUGAACGGAUUGAAGAUUGUGCUCAAGCGCUUUCGGCGAUUGCUGGACGACAAUUUGCUGGGAGAGUGAUUAUUUGUGCGUAUGCUUCGGAGGACGUUAUGAGGGAUGAUUAUGGUUCUGGUGCUGUUAAUCAAGAUGCUGGUGGUGAUGAUCAAAAUGGAAAUGGAGAAGAGAAUGAAUGAAAGAAAAGCAAUGCUAGGUUACUGAAGAAAGAAGAAAUCAAAAACAUCAAAAAUCAAUAUUGAUAUCAAAUCUAUCAAAUGAUUUAUGUUUUCGUUUGAUUUUUUUGACUGGUCACAUUUUUGAUUCUUUUGUUUUGAUUGAUUGAUUCUUUUGAAAGGUUGUGUAUAUUUUUAAAAUAAAAAAAUAGUUAAUUUGAUGAUUUGUGGGUUUUCAUUUUAUGAUUUCUUUUUUUUAUGGAAUUUCAUUUUUUUUUCGAAU